AUGGCUUAUAAACCGACAAGUAGAAGGAAACCAGGACAACAGGAUGCUACUAUGAGUAUGUCUAAGAGGUCUCCAUCGAUUUUGGUUACUGAUUCCAGGUCUGCAGGUAAACGAAUGAGUGCUCCGUUUGCCGGACAUGCCGCUGGAGUCAAAAGUCGAGAAGACCAUGUUGCAGACAGAAACCGUUUGGCGCCGUACCCAUCCAAUGGAUCUAAGUCUUCGUCCGUUAGAAGGAGGCCUUCAGGAAGGUUUAGUGAUAUAUCUAUUGAUAACAUUUUAUCGGAUGCCUCAGAUGUUCCUUCGGGACGUAGAGAGGAACGACAGUCGAGCUCUUCACUAGAUAGGUUUUUUCCAUCAGGCCCUUUGAGACCAUUAUCAUACACCAAGAUGUUAAAUCCACUUCCCUCGAGAACUUCCAAGACUUCACAAAAAUUGGUCUUAAUUCCGGAAGAAGUUGCUGGAAGGGAAUCCUCUACAACCGGAUACGGUCCAAAACGGGCUGCAGCAUCUUUGAAUGCUACUGGAAAACGCUCACAAGGUAGGCGAGGUCGUAAACUCUCACGUAUCACAGCUUAUAAUGUAGCGGAAGGCUUCAAUUUAGAAUAUAUGGCUGAUUUUUUAAAGGCUACUCAUGAGGUAUCACCAAGAGUUUAUGACGAAUGUCUUUAUGUGGCAUAUACUCUACCGUUAUUAUUGGGUAAGGAUGGGUUUAGGGUGAGAUCAAACGUUUCCAAGAAGGUUUUAGGUGGUAAGACGUUGAUUGAUAAAUUGAUUGAUAAUAGUGAACAAAGAGAUCACCAUUACGAGUAUUAUUCUGGUGUAGAAACUAUUGAAGAUGUGGACAAUAAUUUUGAGCUAGACUCGAAUGGUAAUUAUGACGCAGAUAUAACACCGGAUCAUUUACCCAAUGCUAUGGGCAAUCAAGAUACUUUUAAUCCAAGUGAACCUCAGUUCUUUGCUGAAGAGACCCCCGUGGAACAGGAAAGGAGGGAACGUAGAGAGAACUUCAAUUUUGAUUCUAGUUCGAAGAACGAUGAUGUGGGAAACGAUUCAGAUCAGCAUGCAGAAAUCUUCAUAUUCCGUUAUGGUGUCAUUGUGUUCUGGAAUUUUACAGAAAUACAGGAAAAGAAUAUUUUGGGGGAUAUUGCUUUUGCAGAUUUUAAGAACUUAGUUAUCAGGCCCCUUGAUGAGCAUGAUAUUGAAAGAGAACAGUUUCAUUUUGAUUAUGACAAAGAUAUUGAAAGACCAAGAAUUUUCAAUGAUAUAGUUACUCUCAGGUCCGGUGAUCAUAUCAUAGAGUUGACUUUAUCGCACGCGAUUGCCCAAUCAUCCAAAUUGUCACGGUUUGAAUCUAGAAUUACACCAAUUUUAACCUCUGCCACCAAAUUGCCGAAAAGGCUAGCAUUAUUUGGUACUCUGGGUAUGAAAAGGGAACAGCUUUUGAAAAAAUCUGGUAAACUAUUCAAGUUAAGAGUCGAUGUAAAUUUAUCCUCUAGCAUUUUAGAUACUCCCGAAUUUUUUUGGAGUUUCGAACCAAGCUUGCAUCCUCUUUACAUUGCAAUGAGAGAAUAUUUGGAAAUUGAUCAAAGGGUUCAAGUAAUUAAUGACAGAGCUAAAGUUUAUUUGGAAUUUUUUGAUGUCUGUGUAGACUCGGUAGCAGAGCGUAACAUGGCAAGAGUGACUUGGUGGUUUAUCUUUGUCAUAGUGCUUGGAGUUCUUUUUUCAGUUGCUGAAAUAUUGGUUAGAUACGUCAUGAUUCGCAAUCGUUUAUCAGGGUAG